AAAGUCAAAGCAAUAAAGGGAAGCAGGAGCUGCACUUUGCCGACGAGCAUUUCUGCCGUCCUGCUUCAGCACAGUCACCACUGCCCCCUCUGAUCAGCCAAAACACGCAGGGACUCCUGAGUUCAUCAAUGUAACUCGGGUCAACGAGAAACUGCACCGUUCAGCUGGAUAAGUCCAAUCCCCACCGAAGAGAGAGAGAAGAAUAAGAAAAAAAAAGGAGAGAGUGGAGUGUUGGCGUAAAAAUUGUGAAGGAAAAGAGAAGAAUAUGAUGCUCAAGCAGCACCUGAUCUUCAUCCUCUACAGCCUCUGUUCAAGCGUCUUUAAAGUGGCUGGAACAAAAAGCAAAGCGAAAGGUAGCCAAGGUCAGUUCCCCAUCACUCAGAAUGUGACGGUGGUGGAGGGGGGCACAGCCAACAUGACCUGUCGUGUGGAUUACAAUGAUAACACUUCCCUCCAGUGGUCAAACCCUGCACAACAAACUCUGUUUUUUGGGGACAAGAAAGCUCUGAGAGAUCACAGAAUUGAGCUUGUAAGAGCCACGUCACAGGAGCUCACCAUCAGAAUCAAUGACGUCAGCCUGUCAGACGAGGGCCAGUAUACAUGCUCACUCUUCACCAUGCCUGUCAAGACAACUAAGGCUUUCCUCACUGUUUUAGGAGUGCCAAGUCGACCAGAAAUCACAGGAUUUACCAAGCCAGCCAUGGAGGGAGACGAAAUCACCCUGACAUGCACCACAUCAGGCAGCAAACCUGCUGCCAACAUUCGGUGGUUCCGAAAUGACAAGGAGGUCCAAGGAACUACAGAGGUCAAUGCUACAGGAAAAUCCUUCACAGUAAGAAGCAGCCUCUUGUUUCAAGUGGACAAACGGGAUGAUGGAGUCGCAUACACCUGCAGUGUGGAACAUGUGUCUCUGUACAAACCGUACAUGACAACUGAGGUCCUGGAGGUUCAUUAUGCUCCACAACUGGAAAUCACACAUUCACUGAUAAUUCCACAGGAAGGACAAUACUUCAAACUGGAGUGUGUUUCCAUAGGCAACCCAAUACCCGAACCAGUUCUCUGGUCUAAAGAUGGAGGAGAGCUGCCAGACAUUGAGCGUAUGAUUGUGGAGGGCAGAGAGCUCACCAUCACGACACUCAACAAAACAGACAAUGGCACAUAUCGCUGUGAGGCCAGCAACCAUAUGGGGACCAGCUUUGCUGAGUAUAUUCUGUUUGUAUAUGAUCCUAAUGCUUUAGGACAACAUGGACCUGACCAUGCUUUAAUCGGCGGUGUUGUUGCAGUUGUGGUCUUCAUCACCUUGUGUUUGAUAAUAGUUCUUGGAAGAUACCUGGCUAGACAUAAAGGGACAUAUCUAACGCACGAGGCCAAAGGAGCAGAGGAUGCCCCCGACGCUGACACCGCUAUUAUCAAUGCUGAGGGAAACCAUGUGCAUGCAGAGGAAAAGAAGGAGUACUUCAUUUAGACCUCUUCCUCCUUUCUUCUUCGUUUCCACGUUCAACAAGAGACAUGCAAUUUCAAGCUGCCUCAGUGUCACAACAUGGUCUGGGUUUAUAUCCUUACUCCUUUUUUUCCAGGAAUCUCAUGCUUGGUUCAACUUGACUUUUAAAACAGCUUUCUCCUUUUAUAAUCAAUACAAAGUAAAGGUUGGAUUAGAUUUUAGUUUUCUUGUGCCUAAAUGAGAUGUUUUUCUGCAUUUUUUUUCAUAGACUGCGUGAACAAACUUAUCCACUCUCUUACAUAACUGUCAAAAGAACUUUUGAACACAGAAGGGAUAAAAGAUGCUCUUGAUUCUAAGAAAUUCAAGGUUGGGCUUUUCAAAUUGUUUUACUUUAAGAAAAAAUAACGCUGAAAUGCAUCAGUUUAUCAAACAUUUCCAUAAAAAGAUGUUCCUUUUUGAAUUAAGCAAUUGUCUUGGAUGUCACCUGGAUGUUACCUUAACACAGCCAUAAUGUAUAACAUAACAUGACACACAUUUUGAUAUAACAAAACAUAAAAGCACAAUCUGCACGAUUGUCCAAAAAGGAUCCAUCUCCUCUUAACAUACUCUUAAACUUAUUCAUUUCAGUUUUCCCAUAUAUAGUUAUUUUAUACUAUGAAAGUUGGAAAUUUAAAGCACAAAGUCUGAGGACUAAAAAAAACAAGUGAGGAAAUAUGUGAACUGUAUUGUGUCUCAGGAUUCAAAACGAGUCUAAAUGGAGAGAUGGAGUCUGACAUGUAAAAAAGAUUUUGAUCAUCAUAAUGGAUCAGGAAUAUUUGGUCUUUUUCGUUGGCUAUUUAAUGUAAAAUCAAAACUGAAUGAGUGGGACUUUGUGGGGCUUUAUUAUUUAUGUUGAACUUUAUUAAACAACAACUAUGCUUAAUGUGUGGAUAUCGCUGUAAAAUACUUUGCUAACGUGAAUAUUUGUGAAGAAUAUUGUUAAAUCUUGGGAUCCCUGGCACAUUAGGUUUUGUAUAUUAGCAUAUUCAUAAUUUAAUGUAUUCCAUAUUUCAUGAUGUUUUUUUUUUAUCGUUUAUCAAACAAGAGUUACAGUGCUGUGAAAGAGUAUUGGCCUUACAGAUUUCUUCAGGUUUGCAAGUCUUUCCUUUGACAAAUGUUUCAUAUCAGACAAUUUUUAAAUGUAGACUGAGACGACCUGAAUUAUGCUAAAGUAGCUUUAAAGCCCUGGAAUCUGUCUAACAAGAUAAAGUAGGCUUAAGAUCCCACAAAGCCAAACAUUAUGCCUUUUUCCAUAAAAGUUCAGAAUUAUCAACAUCUAUCAGUCUGCAAAGAAUUACAAAGCAAUUUCUAAGGUUUUGUGACACUGGUGAACCACCGUGAAAGCUAUUAUCAUAAAACAGAGAAAAUAUGGAACAUUGAUUAACCUGCCAGGAGGAGCUAUUCUACCAAAACUACUUUAACAGCAAAUCUACAACUAAUCCAGAAAGUCUUAAAAGACCCCAGGAAAACAUAUAAAGUGCUGCAGGCCACGCUUACUUCUGCCAAUCUAUUUUAUGAUUCAGCUAUAAGAAAUGGUGGCUAUAGACAGUAUAGCAGAAAAGACAGUGUUGAAAAAACAAGAGACAGAAGUCUAUCUCACAUUUCUUAAAGAAAAACAGUUAUUAUUCAAAAGACUUUGAGUGGAGAAAGAAAAAAAAAAUACUUUUGUGAAGUGUGCUUCCUGAUAUAAGUGGCAGAAAACAAGUAAAGUCCCAGUCAGACAUGGUAAUUAUAGUGCAAAGGAAUGGGGUUGCUUUGCUGCAUCCAGAGCAGAAUACCUUACUGAAGCUGAUGGGACUAUGUAACCUAUAGCAGAACAUCUAGCUAUCAGUUUGUGAAUGUUACCUGGGUUUUGCUGCAAAUGAUGAAAUAUAACAGCAAUCACACCUUGUAGUGGCUAGAUUAGUUAAAAUAUGGACUUAAAGGUUUGGGAGAGGAUCUUCUUGAUUGUUUUUAAAAGACCUGCCCUCUUCAUUUAAAAAAUGCAGGUGAGAGAGCAUGCACAAUCCCACUUCUCCUUGUGCACACUCAUACAAGCUCACUGUGCCCAAACGUCCUUCCUAACCUCUAUAUCCCUCAAUCACUAUAAAGCAAGGGGACUAUAUAGUGGACUUUAUAGUGAACUCAAUUAACUGACCAUUUGGACAGAUGAUCACUACUUUUUGCUCUGUUGGUUAAACAACUCCUCCUCCACUGA